GGCUAUAGUGCCAGCCCAGGCUCCUUUGUUGACUAUGCCCCCCAAUCCUAACUCUCAGUCGAACGUAGGAACUGUUGCCCCGUUUAAUACGGGCUAUUCGGGUGGAGAAGGUUAUCUCAUGAAGAGAGUUUCCUCAUUGGAAGAUAACGUUGGAAGGAUAAAAGCGAAACACGAUGCUGAUGAAGCCAGAGAACAAGCGCUGCGUGAAGAGGAGGAACGAAAGAAGCGAGAGCGAGAUGAAGAGGAACGGCGCCAACGUGACAAGAAGGAGCGUGAGGAUUUUCAAGCUCAAAUCAAUAAGGAGGUGUCAGUCAAACUAGAUCAGGUUUAUGAAGCAAUCAAUGGAAAGAAGGACACUCAGAGUGAAGAGGUGUCUAAGUUGAAGGCGAGAAUCGAGGAGCUUCAACGACGGCCGCUUGCUGCUAGCACAUCCGGCGAAGUGAUAAAACCUGCUGAAGAUGAUGAGGUGGCGCGCCUUCAUAGCGAGCAGGUUGAACUGAAGAAAGCUACGGAUAGGCGGCUAGCAGCUAUGGAAGAGGUGAUCCAUGCCCUCCAACGGCAGUGUGAAGAUGCCGAAGCUAACGCGGAGGUCUGGAAGGCCGAAGCACUCAGGCCUGGCAACAAGAGGGGAGGCGUGGCUAUUGGGGAUACUCCUAUGACUCAAAACAGAGUUAGACCUCGGCUGACUCUUUUGGAGACUCCUGGCGUUGUGAGGAGGGUUGAUGAAAGGCUGAAAGGAAUCGUUGAGAGACACCAGAGGGAGGUUGAUCUUCUUAAAGAAAUGAGACUAACUCGAGGUUGAACGGUUAAAUAAAAGAAGAGAUGGCUCGUCUUGAGAUGGAAAAUCGAGCCAAUACGCGGAGUAAUUUGAAAGC